AUGAAGCAUGUACGAACGUGCAAGUCGCCGAGGUGGGCUGGUGAUCACACGUAUCAAGCUGGUCAAACGAAUCGCCGAGAUCGAUUGAGAGUGCGAAAGAUCGUCACGGUCCAACGCCAAAUGGUGUGGAGAAGCCCGAGUCGUGACUGUAUGAUUCAACGUGCGCGCCGUAGGAUGGAGUUUGAGUAA